AAUGUAUAGAUCUGAUCUGUCUACCAUCCACAUGAGUAAAAUAUGUUUGUUUAAUUUUUGAUCAUUUAUUUUAGUGAAAUGAAUAAGAACCCGCAAGAAGCCUUAUAAAUAGUUAAGCAGUUUAUAAUAUAUUGAAUAAAUUAAAUAUAUUUUCUCAGCAGAAUGUUGUGUUUCAGCGAAAAUUGAUGAAAUUGACACGGGUUUCUUUUACGCAUAAACGAAAGACUUAAGCGACGAACUAUAUCAGUGUUCAUGUCAAUGUCGAAUUUUCUCUUCAACAAACCUGUUUAAAUAUAAAUAUGAUUAAGCUGCUACUUAGGUGCACUUUCAUUUUGUGUUUAUGUGCAACAGUGAAGUCAGAAUAUGCAUUCAGUGAGCCAAAAUAUAAGUGUCCAGCAAAGCCGAAACUUAUAUAUCCAUGUACCUGUUGGAAGAACUCCGAUGUUGGCAUCUAUGUGCGCUGUGAAAACACGAACUUAGCAACGCUCUCAAUUGCUCUUGAAAAUCUUGGAGCACUGGGAACGCCUGUAGAGCAGUUGGAAAUUUUAAAGGGUCAUUUCGUUCGUUUAUAUGGGCCAGUGUUCGCGACCGUUAAAACUAGAUUGCUAACCAUAUCUGAUACGCCUAUAGUUACCAUUGAGGAUUACCCAUUCUUCGGUGUGAAUAAAACUAUAGAGGAAUUGCGCAUACUUCGCACCAAUUUAACAUCGUUUACUCCACUAUCGUUUGGGAUAUUAGGAAAUGCAAAAGAACUAAUAAUUGACGGCCAUGCGAUGCAAAGUAUCAGUAAGAAUGCUUUCGAUGGUCAAAACAUUGGAAAUAAGCUGGAAGUCUUAAGAAUUAUCAACGGACCUUUAAACGAGGUUCCAAUUGAAACUUUUCAACCUCUUCGAAAACUGAGGGUUCUUGAUUUACAUGGCAACCAAUUAGAGAAUCUUAAAAAGAAUCAAUUUAAGAAUCUAAGAUCUGUGGAGGUCUUAGACAUUAGUUUCAAUAAUCUUAAAAAACUUGAAGCACAACACAUAUCGGACUUAACCAAGUUGGGUUGGUGCAAUGCAUCUAACAAUGCCUUAACGGAAAUUUCUAGAGGUACCUUUGCUCGCAACUCCGUUUUGAAAUUAUUGAAUUUGUCGCACAACAACAUCAGCCGCUUGGAUGCGAACAGUUUCCGAGGAAUGCGGUUUUUAAGACGUCUGUUUUUGAGCGAUAAUAAAAUAAAUGAUGUUGGACGUGGCACUUUCGGCUCUAUCGGGAAAAUCGGCACUAUUGAUUUAGCCAGAAAUUUUUUGAAAAAAGUUGAAUUUCAAAUGUUUUCCCAACUGAAUUACGUUGAGGUGAUUGAUUUGGCUGAAAAUAAUAUAACGAUCGUGGAAAAGCACUCUUUCAAAGAUAUAUACCAAUCAACAAUAAAUAUUUCACAUAACGCCUUGGAAAAAAUAGAGUCACUGGCUUUUGAGAAUUGUGUAAACAUUACAAUUUUGGACUUGUCUUUUAAUAGGCUGACAAAUUUCUCACGAAACGCAUUUGAUCUCACUACUUUCGCAACAGAGUUUCAAGUGAGCUAUAAUUUUCUCACAAAUUUAGCACAGGUGCCUUUCCAAAAUAUGACCGGAAUCAAAGUUAUAAAUGCAUCACAUAAUUAUAUAGCAGAAGUGCCGAAGAACUGUUUUCCAAAGCUAUAUGAGCUCCACACUAUAGACAUUUCAUACAACAACAUUUCAUUGAUUGCUAACGGUGUCUUUCAGACACUUUUCUCACUACGCUUCCUAAAUCUUAGCCACAAUAGCCUCACGGAGAUUAAGUCUUCAGUUUUUGGAACGCUUCCCACAUUGCUGGACAUGAAUCUCAGUCACAAUAAAUUAAUUUCGAUUGUUCGUGGUGCGCUCGCCAAGCUUACAAGUUUGCGUUUUUUGGACCUCAGCCACAAUAAGCUCGAAAAGCUGUUUCAAAUUCCAAUUUCUCUGAAUGAGCUUAAUUUGGAAAGCAACCUCCUAACUGGCAUACCAGCAGGCACUUGGCCGGUUAUGAAUUCGUUGCUAUUUUUGAACUUAAAUGACAAUCAAAUCGGAGAUUCAUUAUCAGCCCAAAGUUUCACGGGCCUGCUUGUAUUACAAAGAUUAUUUCUAAAUAGAAAUGGCAUAACCGUGCCACCGAUUGAGUGUUUGGCAGGCAUGUCAACACUUCAGUAUUUAUACUUAGAGCAAAACAACAUAACAACGUUGGAUAAGAGUGCUUUCGGAAAAUUGCCAGUCUUGUUUGAACUUAAUUUGCAAGCUAACGGGGUUCAAGAAAUCAGCAAGCGUUCCUUCGAAGGCCUGUUGCAAUUGCUUACGCUCAAUCUGUCCUCCAAUGCCAUUAAAAGUAUUCCAACGGACGCAUUUAUUGGCUUACCUUCUCUGCGGAAGUUGGAUUUAUCGUUCAACCAAAUAUCAAAGCUGGAUAAUAAAACAAAUGGGGUACUUGACGAUUUGCUUAGUUUGGAAGAGUUGAAUUUGAGUCAUAACAAAAUAAGUUUUGUCACCAAAAAGACUUUUCCAUCCAAUCAAUAUAUACCGUAUAACUUGAAGCGUUUGGACCUAAGCUUCAAUCAAAUGCCUGUGUUGACAUACGAUAUCACUUUCGGCACUAAAAAAUUGCUGAGCUUAAAUAUAUCUAAUAAUAAUAUAAAUGAAAUCCGAAGAGGUGUUCUAGCAAAUUUUACCGAACUGCAAUCACUGGAUUUAUCCAAUAAUGAACUGAGUAACUUGGCAUCCGAAGCACAUGUAUUCGACCUACCAAAGAAUCUUAUCAACAUCAAUUUGAGAAACAAUCAGAUAUAUAAAAUACCAAUUUCAAAUUUUAAAAAGGAUUUGCAAUUCGAAAACAUUGAUCUGCGAAACAAUAAAUUGACGGAUUUUCCGCAACUAUUAGUGCUUAUGCUUCGUAACGGUACCAAUGUGUAUUUUGCCGGAAAUCCUUUGGAUUGCAGUUGCGCUGCUCGCCCACUUAAGCAUUUCAUGAUGGAAAAAUCAAAAUUAGAUUAUGACUUAGAAAAUAUUGAGUGUGGUACCCCGUCGUUUCAUAAGGACCAAAGGUUGGCGGAAGUGCCGGAUGAGAAUUUGCAAUGUUUAUUAGAGGAUAGAGAUCGAUACAAAGGUGUAGCUUUUAAAGAGCUUUCAGAUGUACAGUUCCGAGAUAUUAAAAUCGCUGAUUAUGGGAAUCUUACGGUACGCUUCUUUGUCACGGCUGCGAGAGAUAUAGCCGACUUUGUAAUUUAUAUUCGAAACAACGAAAACGAUGUUUUGUAUCAGGGAGAGGCAGCGUACAAUGAGCGAACGCAUGAGAUACCCAUCGAAACUAUUCGGGACAAGAUUAAAGGACAAAAAGCGGAGAUAUGCAUAAUAUCGAAAAAUAGUAAUGGUAUAACGGGUCGUUGGUUUAGUGCACAGUGUACAAAUCUGCCCGAUUUAAAACAAAAACGUAAAGGCAUAUUCACGUUUGCUGCAUUUAGUUCCGCCAAUUAUAAAACUCCGAAUACUAUGAUAUCGACAAUCAUAUCACUUUUAAUAUUUUUAACAAUUACUCUGUGCUAACAGGCCAAAUUUAGUGCAUCACUGCCAAACUAAUUUAAUUCGUAUAGCAAAUACUCAUUCCUUUUGUGAUAUUGUUGUUUAAAAGAGUUUUUUAAUAAAGUUGAUUUUGUUUAGACAUUGCA